AUGCAGACCCGCACACUCAUCGGGGUCGGAGGCGUCCUCGGCCUCGCCGCCCUCGCCAUCACUCAGCUGUCCAUCCAGUCUCAGGACCGCCAGUACAAGAAGACUCUGCAGUACAUGCACCACGGAAGGGAGAGGAUUCAGGAACGGAUGAACGAGAUGAGUGGGGCCAGUAAGAAGUAA